CAAUUUCAUAUAUUCAUAAAAAUACUGAAAUUACAGACAAAAAAAAUAUCCUUGACAGUGGUAAAAAAGCUAGUCUUAUUAACUCAUUUUCUUUAACUGCACCACAAUUUAUGGGGUGUCUGCAAAAUAAUUUGCUUUAUCACUUUUGUCUGGUAAAGUUAUGAUAUUUUGAAUUACCAUUGCCACAUUCCUUUGAUUAUUACCAUUUGCAGCUUUUAAAACUCAGUGGGAGAAACUAUUAUCAGGUUUUGAACUCUGUGGUGUUGCAUUUGAAUGAGAGAAAAUGUGGUUGUGGCAAGUGAGGAAAAAGUUGAGUAAAUGUGUAUUGUGAGACAUGGGGUGUGUGUUUGGGAAAGAGGGUUCAGAAAGGAAGAAAGAGGUAGUGAAAGUUGUUGCUAAGGUGGAGGAGUUUGAGUGUGAGGUUCAAAAUGAUAUGAAAAAUGAGCAAGAUGGUGGAGAGGAUGAGAAGAGGAGGAGACAAAGGGCAAGGAGAGAGAGGAGGCAAUCUUUGAAGGCUAAUCCAAAAUUGAGCAAUCCACCUAACCAUAUACAUGGUGAACAAGUGGCUGCUGGGUGGCCAUCUUGGCUUUCCAAGGUUGCUGGAGAAGCCAUACAUGGAUUGACGCCUCGAAGGGCCGAUUCUUUUCACAAACUUGAUAAGAUUGGACAAGGUACAUAUAGCAAUGUUUACAAAGCUAAGGAUACUAUAACUGGGAAAAUUGUUGCAUUAAAGAAGGUUCGUUUUGACAAUUUAGAACCAGAGAGUGUGAAAUUCAUGGCCAGAGAAAUUCUGAUUCUGCGUCGUCUUGAUCAUCCCAAUGUUAUCAAACUAGAAGGUUUAGUGACUUCUAGGAUGUCAUGUAGUUUGUAUCUUGUCUUUCAAUACAUGGAGCAUGAUUUGGCUGGACUUUCAACGAGUCCCGCAAUUAAGUUUACUAUGUCUCAGGUUAAAUGUUACAUGCAUCAGCUACUUUCUGGACUGGAACACUGUCACAACCGUAAUGUGCUGCAUCGUGAUAUAAAGGGAUCAAACCUUCUUGUUGACAAUGAAGGAAUUCUCAGGAUUGCUGAUUUUGGAUUAGCAUCCUUCUUUGAUCCUAAUCACAAACAUCCUAUGACUAGUAGGGUGGUUACUUUAUGGUAUCGAUCUCCAGAACUUCUUCUUGGAGCCACAGAUUAUGGUGUAGGAAUCGACCUUUGGAGUGCUGGCUGUAUUCUUGCUGAAUUAUUGGCUGGAAGGCCUAUUAUGCCUGGUAGAACAGAGGUGGAACAACUACAUAAGAUAUUUAAGCUAUGUGGUUCUCCUUCUGAAGAAUAUUGGAAAAAGGCAAAGUUGCCACAUGCUACAAUUUUUAAGCCACAACAAUCAUAUAAACGGUGCAUAGCAGAGAAAUUUGAAGAUUUCCCACUAUCAUCAUUACCACUAAUUGACACCCUUCUGGCAAUCGAUCCAGCUGAACGUCAAACUGCCACUGCUGCAUUGCACAGCGAAUUCUUUACAACCCAACCUUAUGCUUGUGAACCCUCUAGCCUUCCAAAAUAUCCUCCCAGUAAGGAGAUGGACACAAAGCUUCGGGACGAAGAAGCUAGAAGAUUAAGAGCUGUUGGCAAAGGUGAUGCUGUUGGCGCUAAGAAAUCUCGUUCGCGUGAUCGAAGUGGGAGGGGAAUUCCAGUUCCAGAGGUCAAUGCUGAGCUGCAAGCCAAUAUCGAUAGAUGGAGACUGGUAACGCGCGCUAAUGCUAAGAGUAAAAGUGAGAAGUUUCCUCCUCCACAUCAAGAUGGAACUUUAGGCUAUCCUUUUGGUUCUUCAUGUCAUAUGAAUCCAGUUUUUGAUCCUCCUGAUGUUCCAUUUAGUUCCACAGACUUCUCAUAUCAUAAACCAAAUAUUCAGACCUGGUCCGGCCCAUUGGUGGAACCGAGGGUGAGUGCGCCAAGGAGAAAGAAGAACAAGGCAGGUGACCGGCAUAUACAAUCGAAGUCAUCAAAGGACAUAAAAAGAUAGAAUGUAAAGAGUUUCAGUACAAUACCAAAAAAGGAAAAUACUACUUAUCGCGAAAACAAGCCUCACGAAAUUGUACACAACAUGUGAUUGGUUGUUUCCUAUCACUCAUUCCUCCAAUGUAUCCGACAAAUACAGAACUAAAAUUUCCACCACAAAAAGUAUCACAUUGAUAUUUGUGAAUUUCGUGAUGGAAAUGCUUUGUACUAAAUAGCAUUUUUGCCCAAAAAUUACAAUUAAGUAUUUUUGAUGCUGCAAAUGCUGCUUCAAGAAGAUAUUGUACCAUUUCUUUCUAGUCACAAGUGAGAUAGAAAACAUUGUGUUUCCUGCUCCCAUUUCUUUCUCAAUCAUCAAAGGGUUAUUAAUCUUA